AUGUUGGUUCUCUUUUGGCGCAUUUUGCAUAGGAGGAAUAAAAAAGUUCAUGAAAAUUCUCUUCUUAGUAUAGAACUUACUGUGAACUGGUCUUUGGAUUACUUGGAGACUUAUCAAAAAGCAAAUGGAAAUGUUGUUGCUAAAGCGAUUCAGCCUAUGAGUAAUACUAGCAAAAACAUGAAUAUGAAAUGGUGCAAGUCGCCUGAUGGAAUUGUGAAAGCUGACGUAAAUGCGGCUAUUGAUGUAGCAAGAAGGCUAGCGGGUUUUGGAGUGGUUGUUCGUGAUACCCAAGGUCAAACUCUUGCUUUGGCAGUGUGGUCUUCUACUGCUACCUUUUCACCUGAAUUUGUCGAGACUAUUGCUAUCCUUAAUAGCUUAAGAUUAUGCCGACAAUUGGAUUACUCUUCUAUAAUCAUUGAAUUUGAUUGCAAGUCAAUGUUGAACGAAAUUAAUAAUCGAAUCUCUCUUGAUUCCUCUCUUGGCUUGGUUAUUCAAGAUAUCAUUGUUAUUUGA